UCUCCCUCCCCCUGUGGGGCCGCUGAUGCGUUUCCGGUUCCUUUGCACUCUCCGCCCGCCGGAGUCACCGGAAGCGGAGGGAGCCGGGCGGACAGGAACGGAAAGCCCGUGACAGCCACCAGAGCCGCCACCUCCCUCCGUGUCACCCCAAAUCCCCCCUCCCCCCGUCACUCAGGGCAGCGUGGUGUCUCCAGUCACCCCAUUCUGCCGGGCCACCUGCUCCAUCACCUGUCACCCGAUUCCUGCAGCUGCCGUCGCCCUUCUAUAGUAUUGCCAGAAGCAGCAGGGCUCGUCACCCACACCACCACCCCUCCCCUGCCAGGUGUCACAUCCCCAGCACCCGGUGCCCGGCUCCCCGCCAUGGCCAAGAACACCCUGUCGUCGCGUUUCCGCAAGCUGGACAUCGAUGAGUACGACGAGAACAAGUUCGUGGACGAUCAGCUGCAGGAGGAGCCGGCGGAGCCCCAGGAACCAGACGAGGGGGAGGUGGACGGACUGAUCAGGCAAGGGGACCUGCUCCGUGCCUUUCAUGCUGUCUUCCGGAACUCUCCUGUCAACUCCAAAAACCAAAUAGUGAGGGAUCGAACCCAGGCAAUUGUACUCAAGGUCCUGACGUCGUUCAAAAGCAAUGAGAUUGAUCAAGCAGUAAAAACACUGGACCGAAGUGGGAUUGACCUGCUUAUGAAAUAUAUUUACAAGGGGUUUGAAAAGCCCACAGAGAACAGCAGCGCAAUAUUGCUACAGUGGCACGAAAAGGCAUUCGUAAUAGGAGGCCUUGGGUCCAUAGUCCGAGUUCUGACAUCACGGAAAACUGUGUAAAAGACUGUAUUAGCUGAAUUCAGAAGUUUAUGUUCCGGGGCUCCAGCGCAGUGAUGGAGGAGCGGAUGCAGAGGGCCCCACCUGUCUGCAGAGUGCUAUACAUUAAACUGUUUUGGAAAAUUCAAUUGGGAAUGCUUCUUAUUACCAACUGUGGACGAGACAUGAAUGUAUGUUUGUUUAAUGAGGUAUAUUUUGUUCCAAGCACCAGUCCUUGUCAGCAAGGCUAUGUUAACUGGCUAAGAUGAGGAAUUUGAGCUGGGGGGAAUGGUGACAUUCAUUACAUGCCAAGAAUCAACCACAAUUGUAGUCCAGCAGAGCGCUGCAGCUAGCCCAUAGCCUGCAUCGCUCCCACUAAGGCUGUGAUCAUUUCUACCCUCCUCUACAAACAUAAGAAUUCUCUACUAGAAAUAAAUGUGAGUAUGCCUAUAGGAGCAGAAAUGACCUAUUCAUAUGAAAUAGGACUGGUAGCUUUUUAUUUGUUAACUUGUAUAUACAGGAUUUUAGAAGUUCCUUGAUUUUGGUCUUACUUGAAAACGCUUUAACCCUUUCUCUGCCAUAGUGGCCAGCAGUACAGUGUGGUGUCAGCCUCUCUGGCACAGGAAGGGUGAAGGCCUGUAGAGGGGGUGGGGGAGAUAGGGGAUGUGUUUGUGCUGUCUCUAAGUUAAACCUACAGUAUCACUGGGAGCGGUUUGGUAUAUAGAUAUUUUUCUUUUUGUCCCCACCGUGGCGUUUGGAGAAAGAUGGCCACUCUCCUGCCGUGCCUGCUGCUCUACCGAUACCUGUAAACUUUAUUAAACUGACAGCUUCCUUGAGUGAAGUCUUGAAAUCACUUUUGUUUUAUUUUUGUGUUAUUGGUUGAGACUGUUUUAUUUUCUUUUUACUUUUUGAAGCAACAUUGCAUGUUUCACUCAUACACUGAAUAUUUAUUUUUCUGCAUCCUAACAAUACAGUGAUGCAGUAUUGUGCUGCAAGAGCUUCUAUACUCUGCUCGGCAGUCAGCACAGCGGGACAGUUAUCAGGGAGGUUUUUCUAAGCAGUCCCAGGAGCUCUUGCAUACCCUCUAAAAAGAACCCCUUUCCUGGUAAACAUGCAAUGUUGCUGAUCUAGUAGCAGGAGUUAGACGUUGGGAUAUUCCUGCAGAACAGUGCUGUCCGAUAUCUGACAACUGAGCCCACAGUCUGCACUGGGCCCUAUACCACCCAUUGGACAGUCCUGCUCUAUAAAACUCUGAAUGUGGGUUUGUUGUCCACAGAAGGAUUAUCUGUUAAGUGCCUGCUACAUCAAUAAAGCUCUUGGAUCAUUGAU